GCGCCGAGGCGGUCGUUGUUAUGCCGACAUUGAAGUUUAGUUUUCCCGGGCUCAGAACGCGAACACGAAAUGUUUCUCGUAUGCGAAAUAAAACUUUUAAGAAAGUUUAAACGACAUGUAAAAUUCUUCUGUCAUAUUAUGUGACGUUAAAUGUGACGAUUGUGCUGGAAUUCAGCGCCGUAGCUAUUAACGGACGUAUUUAUUGUGGAAGUUGAGACACGGAGUGAAGCUACCUCGCGCUUCCGCGCGGUUACCUCACGACCACCUCGCGGGGACCACUCGCGACAUGUCGCUACAACAUGUGUUUUUUCUUGCAUACGUUUUAAAAACAUACGCCAGUGAUUCGGCGUCACCGGAGCUGCGCGAUGAGCCCCCCUCGUUAGUGCCUCUAGUGCCACCGGAGUCGCCGGUGCCAUUGGGCCCGGUGCUACGCGAGGUGCCGCCGGCGCUGGUGCCUGUGAGCGCGACUGGUGCUCGGCUGCGCUGCACCGCCGAUGGAGACCCCGCACCGCGAAUCUCUUGGCUGGCGGCCGACGGCUCCGAGCUUUCGGACGAGCCGGGCGUAAGACGCGUGCUGGGGGACGGGUCGCUGCAGGUGUGGGUGUCGGGCGGCGGGCGCGGGAGUCAGAUGCUGCGUUGCCGCGCAGUCAACACGCGUGGCGCCGUGCUGUCGCAUCCCGUCACGCUGAUGUCCGUUCCGGCGGGCGGGCUUGCGGCCGUAGUGGAGGCGCGCGGCGCGGCUGCGGGCGGCGUGGCGGUACUGCACUGCCGGACGCAGGGCGCGGGCGCGGGUGCCGUGCGUGAUGUCGUCUGGUACCGUUCCGGCGCCGAGCUCGACACCGCUGCCGGUAGUGUAACUAUACUGAAACUAUAUCUGUCGCGCCACCGCCUCUCCGCAGAGCCCCGUUACUUCGCGGCGGGCGACACGCUGCUAAUACGCGACAUGUCGCCGGCAGACGCAGCGCCGUACAGCUGCGCCCCGCGCACCCCGCGCACCCCGCUCGCCCCGCACGCCGCGCGCUCACUCCCCGCGCCUCUCCUCCUCCUACCGAGCGGCGGCAGGGGCGGGGCGCCACGGCUGCCGGCGACGGGUGAGCUGACCGCUGCCAGUGGCGACCGCUUCUGCCUGACGUGCGCCGCGCCUGACUUUCCGCCACCGCACUACACGUAA